CCAUCACCGCCACCACCACCACCGCCGCGCACCGGGCCGGAGCGCGCCGCGCCGGGUGAUCUUGAGUUCUUCUUAACUUGCUAGUGCUCAGCCUCCUCAUGCCUCCGUCUCCUCUAGACGACAGGGUAGUAGUGGCACUUUCGAGGCCAGUGAGACCUCAGGAUCUCAACCUCUGUUUAGACUCUAGCUAUCUUGAGUCUGCCUCUUCUGCCUGUGAGAGCCACUCCAGUCUGCUCGGCGCAGCUGUUGUGUCCCUAAAGACUGCUAAUCUCACGUAUAUGCCCUCAUCCAACGGCUCUGCACGCUCCCUGAGUUGUGGAUGCAGCAGUGCCAGUUGCUGCACUGUGGCAACGUACGACAAGGACACUCAGGCCCAAACUCAAGCGAGCACCAGCAGCACCCACACCGGAGCCUCCACCGCCUGCCCUGCCAACCAAAUGGUCAACAGCAAUGAGAACGCCAGCAGCCUGAGCCCGCUGGGCGGGGUGGGGAGCCCUGUCUCGGGCACCACCAAGCAACUCACUAGCAUCAAAAUCAUUUACCCCAAUGAUCUGGCCAAGAAGAUGACCAAAUGCAGCAAGAGCCACCAACAGAACCAAGGGCCUGUCAUCAUUGACUGCAGGCCCUUCAUGGAGUAUAAUAAGAGCCACAUUCAAGGGGCUGUCCACAUUAACUGUUCUGACAAGAUCAGCCGGAGAAGGCUCCAGCAGGGCAAGAUCACCGUCUUGGACUUGAUCUCCUGCCGGGAAGGCAAGGACUCCUUCAAGAGAAUAUUUUCCAAAGAAAUCAUAGUUUAUGAUGAGAAUACCAAUGAGCCAAGCAGAGUAAUGCCUUCCCAGCCACUCCACAUAGUGCUAGAGUCACUCAAGCGAGAAGGCAAGGAGCCCCUAGUCCUAAAAGGAGGACUCAGCGGUUUCAAGCAGAACCACGAAAACCUCUGCGAUAACUCCCUCCAGCUGCAAGAGUGCCCGGAGGGGGGAGGAGGGGGCGGUGCCUCCGCUGUGCCCCCCAUGCUACCUCAGUCCAUCCCCACCACGCCAGACAUCGAGAACGCUGAGCUCACCCCCAUCCUGCCCUUCCUCUUCCUCGGAAAUGAGCAUGAUGCUCAGGACUUGGAGAAAAUGCAGAGGAUGAACAUAGGCUACGUAAUUAAUGUGACCACCCACCUGCCCCUGUACCAUUACGAGAAAGGCAUGUUCAACUACAAGCGGCUCCCGGCCACUGACAGCAACAAGCAGAAUCUCAGGCAGUAUUUUGAAGAGGCUUUUGAGUUCAUUGAGGAAGCUCAUCAGUGUGGGAAAGGUCUCCUCAUCCACUGCCAGGCUGGUGUCUCCCGAUCUGCCACCAUAGUUAUCGCUUACUUAAUGAAGCACACACGCAUGACCAUGACGGAUGCCUAUAAAUUUGUAAAAGGCAAACGACCAAUCAUUUCCCCUAACCUUAACUUUAUGGGGCAGUUACUGGAGUUCGAAGAAGAUCUAAACAACGGUGUCACACCACGAAUCCUCACACCAAAGUUGAUCGGCGUAGAGACUGUCGUGUGACGGGCGAAGCUGUGAGGUGGCGGUCAAUGAAGGGGUUAACCUAUUCACCUGAUUUGGGGCAAUGAUGGGUGGCUUGUGGGGUUUUCUUUUUAGCUUUCAAGGGGGGUUUUGUGGCGAACUUUUUGUGAAUAAAAACCUUUUUUGUAAGGAAAGGUUUUUAAAAGAUCCAAGAACUUUGUCGGGUUUGGGAUGCUGUUGUGAUUUCCUUCUCAGACACCGGCAGAGCAGGGAGGCUUCAGAGCAAAAGGAGUACUUUUUAAAAUCAAAACAAGAAGAAGAAGAAGAAAUAUUGGGCUUUUUUUCUUUUAAUUUUUAUUUUUCCCACCUCUCCAGCUACUUGUAGAGUUUAUGGCUAAGUAGUCUGUGCAGGUUCAUAGACUGAAGAAACCUAAGUUGAAGACAAAACACAAACAGCCAAAACAAAGCAGAAAAAACCCUCCCUGAAACAUAAGGGCCUUCAUUCUGCAAAGGCUUUGCUAAAGAUAACCUAGCAAAAUGCUCACCAAUGCAAAGGAAAUCAGAGCAGCUUAAAAAGUCUGCAAGGCACUUUUCACACUCCUGACUCAAACUAAAGAAGAAAAAAAAGUUUAUUUGGUGUGUUUCAUGUUCCAGUUCUAUUUUUCUAUUUUGGGGUGUAAGGUUUUAACAGUAAGGGACUUCGAUCAUUCUAUGCCAUAUGCCUUCACUGGCUUCUUGUGCAAUAAUAAUUUGGGCUUUGAUUUGAGUGUUCAAACCAAUUAGAGUUGGCUGCCCACUAAUAAUAAUUUUUAGUCUAAUAGUGCAACAGCAGCCAGCUUGGUUCAGAAAGGAUAAAUGAGAGCAAUUAUUUUGUUCCUUUAUAUGAUUUUGAUCCUGGUUACAGUGCCAUAAACCUUGUUACAUAUGUAUAUCAGAAUGUACAAAAAUUGAGAAGUUUAUUUAAAAAUAUUUUUCGCACAAAAUAUUGGUGUGUUCAGUUGUCUAUGUAAAAAAAUUUGAUUAUAAAAGAAAAAAUCUUUUGGAAAA